CAUCAAUUCUCGGAAAGAUUGUAACGUUAAGAUCCAGAAGCGCAAGCUUGUAAAGGAUGAAAGUACCGACAGAUCGGGAGGCACUGUAUGGUCGGCGAGGGAGGCGAUGGGGAUGGAUUCUCAACCGUCUGUCCCUGAUGGGAACCAAAAUCCCUUCACCAUACCCUACUCAUCCGCAAUCUCCUCCCCCACCAACCCGACCGCGCCGAUUAAAUAAACCCCCCAACACCACAACGCGAAAAACCUUUUCCAUAUCUCAACCACCUAUUCGAUAAUCACAACCAGACUCGUUUCUUUUCAUGGGCAAGCACUGACUGAUACCACACUU